UCGCAGAACGAAAGUCUUUCAACAGGGAUCCCAAUCAGAUCCAAUUCGAUGUCAUCUUUCAUAAAAUUUGCCAUUCUUCCGAGUGUUGUUCUUUGUCAGGGUAUUCAGCUAAGCCUACAAUCUACUGGCCAAAGUAUGGCCCGUGGGGAUGAUUUGAUAGUGAAUAUUGAGCGCCCUAACUCCUUGACUGGAUCCCAAGAAAUUGGUAUCGCAAUUGGUAUUUCCAGCUGCCCAUCUGGAAUUUGUGAGGCUCCUGAUGCAUGCUUGGGAGCGAUUGUCUACAGUGGUCCAUUUAAACCAGCAUACCAUGAAAACAAAAAGUCACCCUUUCAGACUUUUGAACUUAUAAUUCCAUCUUCAAUGGAGCGGGGAAUGGCUCAGCUGAAUGUAGCCCACGCCUCAUUAGUUGGAGUAUGUGACAAAUUCUUUGAUAAACCUUUUUAUUUCCAAGGUUAUAUGCUAAUUUUAGUUGUCAUCAAGGCAAGCCCGUAUUUCUUCUGGGAGGCAUUGAACGAGACAAUUUUCGUUCAUUGA